UGUUCGGGUCAUUAUUUGGUCGUUGUUGAGUCACCCGUAGAUUAGACUAGUAACUAUAGUUCCUCAACUUCGGUUCUCUUGUUCGAGCAGUCCUAGUUUCUCCGGCGGCAUCACCGCAUCAUCUACCUUCUAUUUGCAGCAACCCGGUAUUUUAUCUCUCCUCCAUUCAUCUAUUCUUCUCUCUACUUCUUCUUCUUGCUUUCGAACCUUAACCCUAGUUAUUACUCUAAUUUUUUCAGACUAAACAAUAUUUUUUCCCAACUUCAAAUCCCCAAAUCCUCCUUCUAAAUUUCGUUGAGGUAAUUUCUCACUUUCCCACCUUUUUCUUAACAAUGUACAUAAAAACCCAGAAAUUUGAUUGAUCAUAACUUAGAAAUUUAAUGCAUUCAUUGGGUAAUUUGAGGGUUUUUCAGUUAAUUUGAGCAAAUGUUGAGGGUUUAUUCACCAAAGAAAACAAUUUUUUGUUGUUUAAAGAAAUCUUUAGCAUGUUUAAGUAUGAGCAAUUAUUCUUCAACUACUUCAUCGAAUGAUUAUAUGUCUAAGGUCAUUGAUAGGAUACUUGGUAGCAAAACCCCUGAUCAAGCAUUGAAUUACUUCAAUUCAGUGUCAAUGUCGAUUGAUGUAGCGAAGACUCGCCGAGCUCAUUCGGUGAUUGUUCAUGUUUUAAGCAAGGCUAAAUGGUACUUGCAGGCAAGGUGUUUGUUAAAAUGCCUCAUCCAGCAUCUUCUCUUGACCUGCCCACCUUCCCGUGUUUGUUCCAUUGUUUUUAAGGACUUGAGUCGGGUUGGUGAGUCUAAAUUUGAUAAAAAUGUGUUUGGAGUGUUAAUGAUUGCAUUAUCUGAGAUGGGUCUUAUAGAUCAAGCCAUUUGGGUUUAUUAUAAGAUUGAAGAAUUGCCUUCAAUUCAGGCUUGUAAUGCACUUUUGAAUGGGUUAGUUAAGGCGGGUAGGUUUGAUUCGGUUUGGAGAAUUUAUGACAAGAUGACUGAGAAGGGGAUGGUUCCUACUGUUGUUACAUAUGGUACUUUGAUUGGUGCCUGUUGUGUUGAAGGGGACAUUGGGAAGUCACAAGAGUUGUUUGAUGAAAUGGUUGGGAAAGGGUUCAAACCAACAGUUGUUAUCUUCACGACUUUGAUUCGUGGGUUGUGUAAUGAGGAUAGGUUGUCAGAAGGGGAUGAUUUAUUUAGGGUAAUGAAAGAGUCUGAUGUAAUUCCCAAUUUAUACACUUACAAUGUUUUGAUGGAUGGACACUGUAAAAUAGCCAACUUGCCACGUGUUAUGGGACUAUAUAGGGAUUUGCUGAGCCAUAACUUGGUGCCUAAUGUUGUUACAUUUGGAAUUUUAGUUGAUGGUUUUUGCAAAAAUGGUAGAGUGGAGACUGCAAGAAGCCUCUUCCCUUGUAUGAUGAAGGCUGGUAUUCCUCCUAAUGUAUUUGUGUACAAUAGUUUGAUGGAUGGACUCUGUAAGGCUGGAAAUCUCACUGAAGCUCUGGCUAUGUAUGGCGAGAUGGAAACUUUUCGUAUCCCUUCAGAUGUUUUUACUUAUAGUAUUCUCAUAAAGGGUUUAUCUGAAGUAGGUAGGGUGAAAGAAGCAGAUGAUCUACUUUUGAAGAUGAAAGAUGAAGGAAUUCUUGUGAAUUCUGUGACAUACAACUCUCUUAUAGGUGGACACUGCAAACAAGGCAACAUGGAUAAAGCUCUGGAGCUAUGCUCACAAAUGAUAGAAAAAGGUAUAGAACCUAAUGCUAUCACCUUCUCUACACUCAUACAUGGAUACUGUCAAAAAGGGAAUGUGGAUGCUGCAAAGGGCAUAUACUCAGAGAUGGUAAUCAAAGGAAUUUUGCCUGAUGUUGUGACCUAUACAGAUUUAAUCGAUGGGUUUUUCAAAAAUGCUGACACUAAGGGUGCUCUUGGCAUGUAUAAAGAAAUGCAGGAGGAAGGGCUCAUCCCUAAUGGUUUCACAAUUAGUUGUCUCAUUGACGGGUUGUGCAAAGAUGGGCGUCUUAAUGAUGCAUUCAAUUUUUUUUUAAAGGGUACUAUCUCUGUACAUUGUGAAGGCACUCAAAAUCAGUGUGACAAUAGAACAAGUCCUUUUAAUCAUGUAGCAUAUACGGCUCUUAUACAAGGUCUGUAUAAAGAAGGAAGAAUGCUUAGAGCUAGUAAAAUUUUCUCAGAUAUGCGAAAUCUUGAUUUGAAACCUGAUGUAAUCACAUACAUGAUCAUUAUUCUGGGCCGUGCUCGAGCUCUGCAUGUCCAAAAUUUAUUGAUGUUGCAGGCUGAUAUGUUCAAAUUAGGCUUCUUGCCUGACACAGUCAUAUACCCAAUCCUACACAAGGCUUACCAAGAUAUCGGGGAUGUCAAAUCGGCUUUGAAGUGCUUUGAGGAUAUACUUGGCUUAGGUGCUGCAUGGUCCAAACAGAUGUUUCCCAAACAGUUGGGAGGCAAUAUGUUAUUUGUUAAUGUUGAUUCGUGAAAUAGGCAAUGUAUUGAGAAAUAUAUGGAAGGAUGCCACAUUCCGGUGACGUACACUUCUAUUUAGGCUUCUAUCAGCUGAGAUUUCCAAGUGUAUCUUGGGAGGGGAAGCCUAAAAUACAAGUAGUCCUUAUGCCAAUUGAUAUUAUUUUUUUUUCCCAUCUUCUUCGGAUCAGAAUAGGAAAGGCUAACUGUUGAAGAAGAUGAUGUUACACCCUUCUUUUUGACCAGGAUCUCAGAUGUGUACAUGUGAUUAGAUUCCCGACUGUCUUGUGAAGUUCUUACCCUCAUAAGUCAUAAGAGACAUGAUAAAACCAUGGGUCUUUCUUAUAUUGUCUGUCAAGUAAAGCUGCCAGUUCAUAGCAUGUGAAAGAAUAGCGAGGCCAGAAUUUUUGUGCAGGUGAGUAUGAUAUAUAUGAAUAGAGUCUCAUAUAUCCAUAAGGUGGUAAAUUCUUUAUUUACAAGUAGUCAACCCAAAUCUAAGCUCCAAGAUUUGCUCAGACCACCUAAAGCAAAUCAAACACUCAAAAAAUAUCUCAAGACCCAUUCUGCUGCAAGAGCUAUAGUAUUCUUUAGAAAACUUUGGAGGCAAAAUCCUUCUGCUGUGGACAGAUACUCAUCUUUGUUUGCUCUCAAGGCUUGUAAUCAAGAGUCCUUAAUAGUUGAGGGACGUCAAUUGCAUGCCAUUGUCAAGAAAGUGGGCUUUGAAUCUGUGAUAUUUCUCCAGACAUGUUUGAUAGAAUUGUACUCAAAGAUGGGGGAUGUGGGUUGUUCUCAUCGUAUGUUUGAUGAAGUAUGCUGCAAAAAUGCAAUCUGCUGGACUUCUUUGAUAACUGCGUAUGUCGAUAACAAUAUGGCUAGCAAAGCCCUUGCAAUAUUCAAGCAGAUGCUAAUAAACAAAUUUGAGCCCGAUCAUGUUACACUGACUGUUGCUCUAGCUUCAUGUGCAGAUCUUGGUGCAUUGUCCAUGGGAGAGCAAAUUCAUGCUUAUACUUACCGUAAACAUGGGCUCAAAAUUGAUCUCUGCCUCUAUAAUGCUCUCAUUGAUAUGUAUGUCAAGUGUGGACAGAUUAGAGCUGCACGCAGAUUUUUUUGCAUCUCUGGGGAAAAAGAUGUAUUUACAUGGACUUCUAUGAUUGUUGGGCAUGCACUACAUGGGCAGUCUCUAGAGGCUCUUGGUAUGUUUGCACGAAUGAAACAAACUAGAAGUUCUGACAAGGGCAGUAAAUCAUUUGUGCUUCCCAAUGAUGUUACUUUCUUGGGGGUUCUUAUGGCUUGUAGUCAUGGUGGGAUGGUAAUGGAAGGUAAGCAGUAUUUCAAAAGCAUGAUGGAAGAUUAUGAGCUAUGGCCAAGGCUAGCUCAUCUUGGCUGCAUGGUAGAUCUUUUUUGCAGAGCUGGGCUCUUGGAGGAGGCUUAUGAUUUUAUAUCAGGAACGCUAGUUCAGCCAAAUGCACUGAUGUGGAGGAUGUUGCUAGGAGCAUGUUGUAAUCAUGGUAAUAUUGAGCUUGCUGCAAAGGUUCGAUUGCAGCUAUUGAACUUGGAUCCAACACAUGUUGGUGAUGAUGUUGCCUUGUCAAACAUGUAUGCUGGAAGGGGGCUUUGGUAUGAAAAAAUGAUGGUAAGAGAUCGCAUAGAGUGUCGCCGGGUGCCUGGUUGCAGUUCAGUUGAGGUGGCAAGUGAGGUGAAUGAGUUUGUUGCCGGAGACACUCAUCAUCAUCCUCUGAAAGCUGAGAUAUAUAAUGUCCUUGAACACUUGAUGGGAAUAGUCAGAAGUUCUGAUCAUAUUCCAGAUCCAUCCGACAUCAAUAAUUAUUGAAUAAUACAAAAUAUUUAUCAUCAAACAAUGACACUAUGAAAGUAUGGGAAAGUGGACGAAGGUUUAAACUGUUUUCAUUUUGCCCUUCUUUGUGUGGAUGCUGAUUUCUUGGCCUAAAGUGCAUGACCUCCGGGUCCUCAACAGGGCAACAUUAUUCUGCUUUUCCUCUUGGUAACGGUAGAGUGUGGCGUCACAUCUUGGAUAUGAGUCAUGGUCACAUCAUUCUUGCAGUGUUACAAUUUUCACCAUUCUCAACCACUACUUUAAAUUGUCAGAACCUCCUUCCGUGACAACCUGCUUUUUGCUUAAUAAUAGCUUCGACUGCCAAGUCUGCCAUCAUGAGCUCUCAUGGCAGAACUUGAACAGUUGUUGAAGAAGGCAUUAAGUUUUAAAAGUAUUAAUGCUGGGUGCUACUAUGUACUAUGACCUUUCACGGCAACUUUUGAUUAGUGGUCAUGUUUAGGUCUUGCGUGACUUAAUUUAGAAAAAGGUGAAAAUUUCUUACUCUCCCUGUCUUGUGAAAGCGUCUUUUUAUGUUUUAAUUUUGAUGUCCUCUUUAUUUGUCUUAUUUCUGUAAAUGUGAUGGCCUUUUCCUGAUCCCAUCAUGCUAAUAACAUUAUUGAUCAAAUUUCCUCUAUUAAUUACUCUUUUAAUUACUUCGUACUAGUUAAUACAAAAUCAACUGUAAAUUUUUUUACUUGAAAUGCUGUUUUUACAUAAAUUUCGUUUCGGUGCUGAUUUCAUAAGUUAUGACGUCUAUGGAUUGCCAUAUUGUUUUAUUGUUUGUUCAGUGGGUUCUGUGAGUGUAUAGCUCUGUGUUCUGUAAGAUUAUGUUACGGUUGUUUGUAAGGAUGGUGCACUCUUAAUCGUCUUAAACAGCUGCUCCUAGGAGUGUAGUGGUUAAAGCAUACAUAAGAUAACCAGUCUUCUCCUUUUUUCUGCCCCUGGCAUUUAGCUGUCUUGGGCUUCUUUCUUUUCACCCAACAAUGACUUAUUGGAAUUUCUUAUUGAUUAUUGUUUGAAUUUAUUGGAACUUAUCUGAAUUGUAGCCGUGAAAUGAACUUGGGUUAGCCUUUAUUUGGGCCAUGCUUGGCAAUUAACAGUACUUUUUUAAACUUAUUUGUUGUAAAGUGUAAAGAACAAAGCCUUAAAGUUGAUUUUUUUUAUUUUCCUUCAAAAAUGCUAUGAUAUUUAGGUAACUUUCCCAUGUAUUUUGACUAACAAAGCUUAUGAUGGCCAUAUCGCCAUAGUACAAGGUUUAUACUUAAGCCAUUUGUAAGGUUUAUUCUUUAUAUUGUUUCACAAUUCUAGAGUCUUGCACUUUAUCUAAUCAUAGUCUGCACAAACUAAGGUGCAAAAUGUAAUACUAAUCAAACCCGGAAAACGAUAUCCUUCGACUUUCGAUCAGUUGUCUAAUAGCUGUAUGUUGAUUAUGGAACUAUUAAUUAGGAAAAAAAAUCCCCCCCCCCCCUUCCCCAUGUUUUGUGCAUUCCUUGAAGUAGGUGGUCCUUAUGAGAGUUAUGACACAUUAUUGGGUUUCAACUACUUCCAUUGCCCUUUUUCUACUUCCAGUUUCUCUCUUCAUCCUUGCCUUUUCACUUUACUUACCAGCUUCUGUCAUAAUGUAAUAACAGAAUUUGAUAUUCAUGCAAUUGCAAGUAGAUUAAGAUUCUAGGUGUACUUUACUGCUAUUAGGGGGGUGUUCUUUUUACUUGAAUUUGUCUUAUCUGAGUUUAUAUGAAUUUAUUGCAUUUGUUAACUUGAACUUCUGUGGUCCUAAUUAUUGAAAACUUCCAGAAAAUUUUCCAAGCUUAUUUAUUUUAGGUGAAGAGAACAUAGCCUAUGACGUAAUUGCGUUCACUAUAAUCAGAAACUUUAAUGAGAAAAUAUUCUCAGUUUCUCAUUGCUCAUUAGACCAAAUAUCCAUCCAUUGCUGUACACAAAGAAGUAGCAUUUCACUAUCAUCCUCAAUCUGUUGUGUUUCCUUGUUGAAUAGGUCUAGAUGAUGGAGAUCAAAGGUGCAACCGUGCAACAGUUCCAUACAAAGCUAGAAUGUGAUCAUCUCUGGAUGUAUGAAAAACAGUGCAGGCAUCAGCUGGUUGAAAUGAGGGCGCCAAGAGCAUGAUGACCUGAUUCAUGCUGAUCAGCAGGAUUUCAUGUCUACCGAUUUGGGUAGUGCAUGCAUCAAUCAUCUUUGGUGAUGGUUUUGUAUUUUUAUUCCAUAGCCAUCUAUUCCCCUCCCCCUCCCGUGAGACCUUUUUUCGGACGGAGGAGAGGAGGUUUGCUACUUUGCUGGCAGUGGUGAUGGGUGUUGGAGUAUAAAAUUAGAUUCUUACAAACUUGUGCUAAUUCUUGAGAUGAUUAAUUCACUAUCAUUUUGAAUGCAUUAGAUUAUAUUAA